AUGGGUGAAUCACGCACCGAGCUCAUCCACUGGCUCAACGAGCUGCUCGGUUUCUCGUACACCCGCAUCGAGCAGUGCGGUUCCGGUGCCGCUUACGCCCAAAUCAUCGACUCCAUCUACUACAACGUCCCCCUCGCCAAAAUCAAGUUCGAUGCCAAACACGAUUACGAGUACCUGAACAACUUCAAGGUGCUGCAGGAGGCGUUUAAGCGGAAUCGCAUCGACAAGCCGAUUGAGGUGGACAGGCUGGUGAGGUGCAAGAUGCAGGACAAUUUGGAAUUCUUGCAGUGGUUGAAGCGGUAUUGGGAUCAGAACUUUUCGGGGGAGGCGUAUGAUGCGGAGGGGAGGAGGGGUGGGGUGGGAGCUGCACCGCCUCCGUUGGUGGGUAGUGUGGCGGUGGGAGCUGCGAGAGGCGUAGCGCCGACGGCGAGAGCUAGACCCGCGGCAUCAGCCAGACCCGCCCCCGCAGCAACCGCCCGACGUCCAGCAGCAGCAGCCGCCCCUCGAGCCGCCCCAGCAGCAGUGCCAAACGCCACCAUCGCAGCCCUCACCUCCCAAAUGGACGAGAUGAAGAUCUCAGUCGACAGCCUCGAAAAGGAAAGGGACUUCUACUUUGCCAAGCUGCGCGACAUUGAGAUUCUGGUGCAGGAACGACUCACCUUGCUCAGCGAGCAGUUCCCCGUGCCGUCCGAGGAGGAGGAUCCCGAAGGGCUGCAUGUGGGUACCGAGGAGCAGGAGAGUCUCAAGCAGAUCCAGGCGAUUCUGUAUUCUACCGAGGAAGGGUUCGAGGUUCCCGAGGGUCAGGAGGUCGCACAGGACGAAGAUGAGAUGUUCUAA